GGGGCGCUCGACGGGCACCGCCCGCUCCAGCCCCUCCGCGGCGACAACACCCACUACCUGCCGCUCUGGAACAACGAGGAUCCCUAUGGAGACGUGUGGGUGGCGGACAGGCCCCCGGUGCGGGUGGAUGUGGACGUCUCCAAACUGACUAAUCUUGGUCAUCUGGAAAUGACGUGGAGAAGUAGAAUGCAUUUCCAUCCACUUCUUGUGAGAAUCCUGCACAAAUCUAGACUAAGGUACUAUGGAAAACCAGAGAAAAAAAUGGAUAUGCCUUAUCAGGCUUACUUUGAAGUUGCUGAUGGCUCGGGCAUGAUGUCAAUGGUUUUGUGGAAUUCUCUGUGCCCUGAAUGGUAUCACAGUAUGAAGGUUGGCACAGUGCUCCUCCUUGCCAAAUACACCAUCAAAACCAGUUACCCAUUUAGAACACAGCCCACCCCAGGGGACUCACAGAUGAAGAGAUUUGCUACAAUUGAAAUUAACCUUAAUGUUCGAGAUCCUCCUACUGAAAUAAGUAUUAUUCCAGAAGAAAUGGUUAAGCCAGAGUGGGGAUUACCUGAAGUUAAAUAUAGGUUUAUCACAAGGUCAGAACUGGAUGACUUACCGCACAAUCAUUCCUGUGAUGUUAUUGGUCUUGUGACGUUUGUGGGAAGGGCUGAGCGAGCCAGAAAAAGAGAACACAGUGAAGACUUUUGGCUCUAUCGUUGGGCACAUGCCAUUGAUGGGACCUCAGACCAACCGUUCAUACUGGAAUUGUUUGCAACUUCUCAGCCAGAUGUGUUUGAGCAUAUUCAUCCAAUGACAUACUUGGUGUGUACACAGAUGAGAGUGAUGCAGGGCCUCACUGAGAAUCCUUCCAGGACAGUUUACCUUACGACUUCAAAUGAAAGCCAAAUAUUCAUUACAGGGUGGCACAAGGGCCAGCCAUACACCAAGGAUGCCAAAGUGAAAAACUUCAUUCAGUGGAUGAAAUCACAAAGUGAAGCUGAUCAAAUAAAGAAAACUGUCAUCGGUGGCUAUUACCCUUUUCCACGACCUCCUGAUAGCUUUUUGAAAUAUUGUAAAAGUAAUGAAGUUGAAUCAGUUUUGAAGCCCAUAGGUGAAAUAGGGAAAGAGAUUGAAGACCUGCACUACAGAGAGCACAAAAGAAUUGCUGUUCAGGGAAUAAUUAGUGCCAUAAGAUGCAUCAGCUGUAAUGAUGCAGCUGAAGAAGCCCCAGGAGAGGAACUUGUCCAGAAAGAUACUUCUCAGUCUCUUGGAAGUUCUUCUGUGUCCAAAGAAGACUGUGUUGACAAGGGAAAAAAUGAAGAAGUUAAGUCGCUUCUGGGGCCACCCUGCAGUCCUGGGGAAGAUCAGCACAAAGCUCUGCUGUCAAAGGGGAGUUCCGUCAGGAGACAGACAACACGCAGAUUCAGAAGAGAUGCAGAACAGGGAGGUACAUCUGUUAGUCCUGUAUCAUCUUCCCCCUAUUUUACACGGACUGUAAGAAGAAAACUUGGCUUCGAUGAAUAUCAACAUGAACAUUCUGUGCAAGAUAAAAAUGGACAGGCUGUGUCAGACAGUUUGCAGCACUGCACAGAUCAAGAAGGAGUGAGCAAUAUACUUGAAACUGAAGAGACUGGAAGAAAUUGUGAUUCCUGGCAGAGUGACCUGUGGGCACAAGUGAAAGACAAGUUGAUGAAUUAUUUUCAUCACAGCAAAAUUUUCCCAGAAAGUAUCCCAUGUAAAUUUGAUUAUGUGCACAAAGACUUACUUAUGCAACAGUACAACCUUCAUGCAGCAGUGCACCAGCCAAUAGAAGCCAGGACAGAUGAAAACAUCAAUGAGUUUGAAAGUGCUAAUGGCCUUGGGUAUUAUGAAGUGACAGUUCUGGGUAUAAACCAUGACAUAGCAAUAGAUGUUGCUUUUCUUCCUCUGUUUUGCCCUGACAAUCCCCACUUAUUUCAACUAGAAGACAUUCAGAAUGAUACAUUAUUGUCUUGUAUGAGUAGUAUCUCUGCAUGCCAGCAGAAGGCCACCAGCAGUGGGAGGCUUCGUGACACGUUUCCUCUUUCAGAUGAAAUUGUAAGAGCAGCGGAGGAGCUUGAUGGCAAACAUGUUGUCUGCAUCUUGGACAUCUGUCACUUGGGUGAUGAUAAGGUGGAAGUCUUUCUGAGCAAAAUCUACAAGACAGUGGAACCAGGUGUGCUGGAUCCAGUGUAAUUUAAUAACUUAAUUUUCAAAUGUAUAGUGUUGAAAAGGAGGCAAAUAAACUUGCUGUAACUUGAAUAUACCCUCUACACAUUGCACUUUUCUAGAACUAGCAGACACAAAUAUGAAGUCAGGAUUCUUAGGGUAAUUGUAAUGGUCAUCCAUGUAACUGGGAAGAACAAUUGUUGCCUUUAUUUUUCAGUCUUGAAACAGGUUAGACAAUGUCUUGGUCACUGAUGUUGGAUGAAUAGGCAGUACAGUGAGCUAAUUAUUUGGCAGGAUACCAAGGAGUAAAAGUGGUUGUCAGCUGUCUUUCUUUGCCUGUGCAUAGACAUACACAGGAAAUGUAUAUAUCUGGGUGAGAACUGAGAAGAAAGGCAAGCCUUCUUAAUAUUUAAGGUAGUGUUUGCUGAAGAAUUAAUGGUCUGAGAUAAAAAGUUAGGCUGGAAAUUCGAAUAAUUUAUAAGUGUUAGAAUUUUGAUGUUCUGUAGUGAUCUUUUUUAGUGAAAGCUACUAGAGGCAGCCUAAGUGCUCUUUAGGCUUGAAGCUUACUGUGAAAGGGAUUAAAUACCAUGGUGCCUUUAGUACUAUGAACCAGGAACCCUCUUUCAGUUCUUUUCACCUGACAAGGUCAGGUGCUAUGUUUUUAUAUGUCUGCUUUUGUACCUAGAGUGGAAGGUAGUGAGUAUAA